CAUAAAACGCUCCAAACGCAGCCUGUGAUGUAAAUGGUGAAUCAAUAAAAAUGACGAGUGUGAGUGAAGACACCCAGGAUGGCUCAGGGAUCCGGGGAUCAGAGAGCAGUGGGGAUCACGGACCCAGAGGAGAGUUCUCCAAAUAUGAUAGUCUACCGCAAAAUUGAAGACAUCAUUACAAAGAUGCAAGAUGACAAGACAGGGGGUGUGCCCGUCAGAACAGUGAAGAGCUUUCUCUCCAAAAUCCCCAGUGUUGUUACAGGUACAGACAUUGUACAGUGGCUUAUGAAGAACCUUUCCAUCGAGGACCCAGUUGAAGCAAUACACUUGGGAAGCCUGAUAGCUGCCCAGGGCUACGUCUUUCCCAUCUCAGACCAUGUUCUUACCAUGAAAGAUGAUGGCACGUUUUAUCGUUUCCAGGCCCCAUACUUCUGGCCUUCAAAUUGCUGGGAACCUGAAAAUACGGACUAUGCCAUCUACCUCUGUAAGAGGACAAUGCAGAAUAAAGCAAGGCUGGAACUGGCAGACUAUGAAGCAGAAAACUUAGCAAGACUCCAGAGGGCCUUUGCAAGGAAGUGGGAAUUCAUCUUUAUGCAAGCAGAAGCACAAGUCAAGAUUGAUCGGAAAAAGGAUAAAACAGAAAGAAAAAUUUUGGAUAGUCAAGAACGAGCCUUUUGGGAUGUCCACAGGCCAGUGCCAGGCUGUGUGAACACAACAGAAAUGGAUAUCAGAAAAUGUCGACGUUUGAAGAACCCACAAAAGGUUAAAAAGUCUGUGUACGGUGUGACUGAAGAAUCCCAGUCGCAAAGCCCGGUGCACAUCCCCAGUCAGCCAAUCAGGAAAACUACAAAAGAAGACGUCCGGAAACAAAUAACAUUUUUGAAUGCACAGAUUGACAGACAUUGUUUAAAAAUGUCCAAAGUGGCUGAAAGCUUAAUUGCUUACACGGAACAGUACGUGGAAUAUGACCCUUUGAUUACACCAGCUGAGCCGUCCAACCCCUGGAUCAGUGAUGAUAUCACUUUAUGGGACAUAGAGAUGAGCAAAGAGCCCAGCCAGCAGCGAGUGAAGAGAUGGGGCUUCUCUUUCGAUGAGAUCUUGAAGGACCAGGUGGGGCGGGACCAGUUUCUACGAUUCCUGGAGUCGGAAUUCAGUUCAGAAAACCUCAGGUUCUGGUUGGCAGUCCAAGAUCUCAAGAAACAGCCCCUCCAGGAUGUGGCCAGGAGGGUGGAAGAAAUCUGGCAAGAGUUUCUGGCUCCCGGGGCCCCAAGCGCAAUCAACCUGGAUUCUCACAGCUAUGAGAUAACCAGUCAGAACGUCAAGGAUGGAGGGAGAUACACAUUCGAAGAUGCCCAGGAGCACAUCUACAAGCUGAUGAAGAGUGACAGCUACGCCCGCUUCCUCCGGUCCAAUGCUUACCAGGACUUGCUGCUGGCCAAGAAGAAGCCAGAAAGUGAGCAAGGUCGUAGAACUUCCCUAGAAAAGUUCACUCGCAGUGUGUGCUGCUGGCGCAGAGUCAGAAUGGCCGCUGCAUUUCACCCCCGAGGCGGCUUCCUUCCAGCAGUGGGGAAAGUCACUGGCGGGCAAGCGCCUCACCGGCCUGAUGCAGUCCUCCUGACGGUCCCUGCCGCAGGACCCGGGCCCGGGGACCACGCGGGCAGCCGGCGGCGCUCCACGUCCGCCGACAGAGCAUCCCUGCGGGGAGAUUUGGUCACUGUGAAGGAGAAGGAGUGA